AUGUCCACUAUAAGAUUACCACCUUUACCAAGUAUAAGAGAUAUAUUGAAAAUAUAUCAUUUAAAAGCAAUGAAAGAACUUUCACAAAAUUUUAUUUUAAAUCAAAAUUUAGCAGAUAAAAUAAUAAAAAAAGCAGGAGUUCUUAGUGAUUGUCAUGUAUUAGAAAUUGGUCCUGGUCCUGGUGCAUUGACUCGAUCUAUUUUAAAAUCUCAACCAAAACAAUUAAUUGUUGUAGAAAAAGAUAAAAGAUUUGAACCUACUUUAGAAAUGUUGGUAGAUGCUUUUGCAGCUGUUAAUGGUAAAAUGGAAAUUAUCUUUGAUGAUAUUAUGAAAAUAAAUAUGAAUAAUCUUUUUCCUUCAACUGAAAUGAAAGCUUGGACAGAAAACUGUCCAAGAAUUAAGUUAAUUGGUAACUUACCAUUUAAUGUUUCAACACCUCUUAUAAUAAAGUUAUUACAUGCAAUUAGUGAAAAAAGAAGUGCAUGGACAUUUGGAAAAACUCGAAUGACAUUAACAUUUCAAAAAGAAGUUGCUGAACGUAUAAUAGCUCAACCAUUAGAUAAACAAAGAUGUAGAUUAUCUGUAAUGGCACAAACGUGGACACGUCCAAUUUUACAUUUUAUUAUACCAGGUACAGCCUUUAUUCCCAAACCAAAAGUUGAUGUUGGUCUUGUAACAUUCAUACCUUUAACUGUUCCACGAACAAAACAUGAAUUUACCAUUUUUGAAAAAGUAACACGACACAUCUUUAGUUUUCGUCAAAAAUAUAGUAUACGAGGUGUUGAGACAUUAUUUCCUCUAGAAUACCGAACUGAAUUAGCUCAAAUGAUGUAUAAACUUGCUGAUUUGAAUCCACAAACAAGACCAAUAGAAUUAACAAUAGAAAAUAUUGAUAAUCUUAUUAGUGCAUAUAAACAUUUAUUAAAAAAGCAUCCAGAUAUAGAAUUAUAUGAUUAUCGUACAUCUCGACGCAUAGUAUCAUUAUCUCAUUCAAAAGAUAUAGAAAUCGUAGAGUGUGUAGAUUAAAUUUUGAGUAAUAAAUGAAUUUUUGUUUAAAUAAAAUAAUAUAAUAAAUAAUACAUAUUAUAUUUGA